AUGUCAGUUUUCGAGCUCCCAACUAAAAGAAAAAAACUUAACAUCAACAGUCAGCUAGAUAAUAGCGAUACUGAUAAUAUUAACUAUGCCGAUCAAUUGGAGGAGUCAAUGAAAUCAACAAUAGUGAGGACGGUUGACAUCGGUCGAUUAAUAUCAAAAGGCCUACUCAACAAAAGUAUAAAUUCGAUUUCACUUACCGAGAUUGAAAAACGAGUCUCCAACUAUGAGCAGACCCCAUUCGAGGAUAUAGUGGAUCUUGAUUUUGCGCGAAACGUCGAACGACGACGAUCAAUGUUAUUCAAGGAAUGUACAAAACGAGCUAUAAGCAUUCUUUCUAAGGAUGUCAAAGAAUUACCCCACGGUUUAAGGUUAAAAGGGCAAAUUCUCAAUGCUUCCCAUUACACUUCCUCAGCCGAUCCGUUUGAGAAAAUUUUUCUCAACGACGUCUAUGAAAAGCAUAAAAUCGUUGGAGGAGAUUUGUGCUCCCAACUAAAGGCGUUGGUGCGGGAUAUAUUGAAGACUAUCACCACCCCGAAACUAUGCAUUUGGAAAUAUUCCAACGCGUCUUGCUCUUCAAAAGAGCCACUAUUUCUCAAGUUUCCUCCCAUUAUUCUGCGCCAAAUUGAAGAAUUCAUUUAUGAUUCUUUGGGAAUCUUCAUCCCACCCCAAUUUGCUACGAUCGUGGACGUAGAGGACGAAACAUUAACAAAUUCUAGUUUCUUUACGAUGUUGGCUUCGAACCACGAAUUGCGGCGCGGCGAAUUCACACGGCGCCAACACAGCAGAAUGAGGAUGAGCCCUCACAUCGAAGGCAUCAUCGCCAAAUCGCUGAAUUAUCUGAGAGAAUGGCAUUACGACGCCGCAGAGAAGGAGUUGAAGCCGUGCAGAAUUAAAGGCGAGCACAACGGCCAUCUUACAUGGCGCGAUUGGCAGGAGGCCGCGAAGGACCCGGCCCGACUGGAGGCGUUCCACUUCUUUUCGGAAUACAUUUUGAACACCGAGCGGACGUCCUAUGCGAACACCGAGCGGACGUCUUAUGCGAACACCGAGCGGACGUCUUAUGCGAACACCGAGCGGACGUCUUAUGCGAACACCGAGCGGACGCCCUAUGUGAACACCGCGCGGACGUCUUAUGCGAACACCGAGCGGACGUCUUAUGCGAACACCGAGCGGACGUCUUAUGCGAACACCGAGCGGACGCCCUAUGUGAACACCGCGCGGACGUCUUAUGCGAACACCGAGCGGACGUCUUAUGCAAACACCGAGCGGACGUCUUAUGCGAACACCGAGCGGACGCUCUAUGCGAACACCGCGCGGACGUCUUAUGCGAACACCGAGCGGACGCUCUAUGCGAACACCGCGCGGACGGAAAAUGGUGUCCGCCUGGUGUCUGCGUGGCGUCUGCAUUUUUCGUCCGCGCGGUAA